CUUGUGGAAAACACCUGGUAACUCAGAACAAUGGAACAAGGAUUGUAGGCGGAAGUGAUGCCAGAAGAGAGGCUUGGCCUUGGAUAGUGUCACUCAGUUUUAAUACCAGACCUGUUUGUGGAGCUUCCCUCGUCAGUGAUGAAUGGCUGGUGACAGCAGCACACUGUGUAUAUGGGAGGCAAUUAAAACCAUCUCAAUGGAAAGCAGUUCUUGGCUUGUAUGACCAAUCGGAUAUGACACAACCUUCAACAGUAGUUCAAAACAUCGAUCAAAUAGUUAUAAAUCCUCAUUACAUGAAGCGUACAAAAGAUAGUGAUAUUGCUCUCAUGCACCUUCAAUACAAAGUGCAAUAUACAGAUUACAUACAACCUAUCUGCUUACCAGAAAAAAAUCAGCGGUUUUUACCAGGAAUUAACUGCUCCAUUGCUGGCUGGGGUAGCAUUAUGAACGAAGGUCCCACUUCAGAUAUAUUGCAAGAAGCAGAGGUCCCUCUCAUUUCAAAUGAAAAAUGCCAACAACAGAUGCCAGAAUAUAGUAUUACAGAGAACAUGAUCUGUGCGGGAUAUGACAUAGGAGGAGUAGAUUCCUGUCAGGGAGAUUCAGGUGGCCCUCUGACAUUUGAAGACAGCAACAAGUGGGUUUUGGUUGGUGUAACAUCAUUUGGCUAUGAGUGUGCACUUCCCAAACGACCAGGAGUGUACGUUCGAGUCACCAUGUUUGUGGACUGGAUCAAAAAAAUCAUCUAUUAG